AUGGCUGGGGUUCCACGCAUUCGUGCGAUGGAUGAGUCGAUGAGUGCAGCGUCAAUGUCGGUACAGUCAAGCUACCCAUCUCUGUUUCAGUCCAGUGCGGAGAUACCUCCGUUCUUUGUGACAUACCGAUGGUGGGAGGAUGAAGCAACCACCGUGCUGUGGGCUUUUGACGUUGAGGAUAUCAAACGAGUGAUCCAGUAUGGUCUGUAUCGAGACGAGAACCUGCCUCGUUCCUCCCUGCAGAGUCGAAAUGCAUCAGCCGUGGACAGUUUCCUGCUUACACUAGUUCAACCGAAGGAGAGGGCGUAUAUCGCCAAUCUGUCAUUUAUCCAGAAGGUCGAAGAGAUCAUUCGCCGGUGCAAAGCCAAUACCCCAUCACUCGUUGCUUGGAGUUGGUUCCCACCUCAAGUGAAGCGGGACUUGGAUCCCGCUGCGAUUGCGGAUGCGAUUGAUGCGGAAAGCCACCUGCAUUUCACUCGUAUUCCCUUCGAAGAGCUGGUCCGCUACUCCUUGGGUUACCCGGCGAUCGCGGUCGAAUGGUUUUUACGGCAACACACCGCACUGUACAUCCAUCUGUUGAAUUAUUUCAAUACCUUCCCCGAGGAGAUCGUGAGGUACGCCAAAGUUGAACAACAUCUUCGAAACCGAAGCCCAUUUGCCCACCGCGCCUUGCUUCAUUGCUUGCUCGCUCUGCAAUCGGGAGGAAACUAUGAGAUACCGAGUGCCACACCUGGCUUCGAAUUCAUAGCGGAUCCGAUUCAAGGUUUGUUCAAAGACCUCCCGCCCAGUCUGACGUCGAUUUUGAAAGUACUGUCGGUCUUGCGAGUCCGCUUUGAGAGGCAAUAUGUGCACGCCCGGACGAUGAACUGGAUUAAACCCUUUGAUACCGACUUCUCCCUCUACGAAGACUUGACCGGAUCGACAUCCGCUGCCGACUUCGCUCGCACAUUAACGAACGCCGACGAGCGCAGCUUCUCCGCCCUAACGCCGCAGCAAGUCAUGGCGGAGGAUCCGGCGGUGACGCGACUGCUGAGCAAGUGGGAGUCGCUCAGCAUCGAGGUUUGGGAAUGCUGCACCGCGCUGCCGGACAUGAUCCCGUAUAUUCAAGACUGUUUACAGGCCCUCCUUGUCAUUCGGAACUACCAUUCGUUUUCCGCCAUUAUCAACGGCCUGCAGAAGUAUAGCAUCACCGAUUCCGUCUUCAGCAGCAACGGUGCCGCCGAGGCAAUGGCCCUGAACCCGAUCGUUCCUCCCGACUUGCUCCUUCUGAUCGUGCCGUAUCAGAACUACGCUGCCUAUCGACAACAGUUCCAGUCCUCGCCCGGCAUCCCCUGUCUCAUCCCACAUAUCAGAGAGUAUCAACAGCAAGGGCAGCCGGCCUUGCUGCAGAUGUUCCAGAGAAUGCGCAACGCUAUGCGCUAA